CAACAGGGCAGAACAGCUACCGUGAAUCUCUAUAGGACCCAACUGCAUUGUAAAUCCGGGGAUUAAACGCGCAAAUACACACGUCUAUCUGUGGUGAUAAAUCAAGCGAAAUAAUCAGUCACAAUGUGUAAUAAAAUGUAGUAAAGGCGCCAUUGAUAUAAAUAUGUGAUUUCUACUCAGUGUAAAUUCUAGAACAUUGGGGUAUACUUAUUGCAACAGAAACUGCUACCAAUAUGAAGACAGGCCGGGCAAUAAUUCAACAGUCUGAACAAAUGACUGAACGGGUGUGUGAACCAAACACUCCAGCCCACUAGAUGGCGCUGUGAUUGUAACGUUUGGAUUUAAACUAACAUCUUUUCUCCAGACUUUAUAUAUAUCUAUGGUCUAAGAGUUUGAGUUUCACUUAAAUUAAGCGGGCCAUGCCGGUGGAUAAUAAGCGAGUUUGUGGACCAGAGGAAUCCCAAUCGCCCUGGCUGUUCUUGCAGCAGACCCGGGGGCAACCGACCUGGGUCCCCCAGACAAGAGAGUCGGAAAGACGGGCGGACAGCAGGCGGCGGCGGGGCCAGGUGGAUGCGAGGCCGAUGUUUGCUCGCUGCGGACUGGUGAGCCAGGCCAAGGGCUCUGCUUAUAUCGAGGCUGGGAACACGAAGCUGAUCUGCUCGGUGUACGGACCGCGCGAGACGGAGAGGAAAGACGAGCUGGAUAUGAGGGCGGGCAGGCUGGUGUGCACUUUCCGACUCGCUCCCUUCUCUUGCGCGAAACGGUGCCCAUGGAUCCAGGGCAGCCAGGAGAAAGACCUAACCCUGAGCCUGCAAGAGAGCCUGCAGCCCGGGGUUUGCCUGCACAGGUACCCGCGGUCGCAGAUCGAGGUGAACGUGCUGGUUUUGGAGAAUGACGGCUCUGCUCUGGCACACGCAAUCACCUGCGCCUCCUUAGCUCUGGCUGAUGCCGGGAUCGAGAUGUACGACUUGGUCAUCGGAUGCUCGUUAAGACAAGACGGUGCUGCGUAUUUGCUCGACCCGACCUGCUGCGAGGAAACCGGGGACGAGUCGACUGAGAACCAAGGGAGCUUGACUGUGGCGCUGCUACCCGCUCUAAACCAGAUCUCAGGGCUGCUCUCCACCGGGGAGAUGAAGGAGGCGACCAUGGUGGGAGCCAUCAGAGUUUGUGUCGAGGGCUGCCAGCGACUGUACCCUGCAGCCCAGCAGUGCUUGCUGAAAUCGGUGCGGCGGAAGGUUCAUGCCCGCAGCACUGACGUGGACGUGGGGCGCUGAAAGGCACGACGAUGACUGAAAAAAUCCACAGCAGCAGUGAAUUAAUAUACUUUUGUUUUUGUCAUUGUCAAAAAAAUAAUCUUUGUGCAUUUGUUAUUAAAGGUAUAUUAAAGGUAA